AUGAAUAUCACUGCACCUCAAGAAUCUUCAAGAAUUAAUCAGGAUUUGUAUAAAUCUAUGACCCCUACCAAAAGAAGAACUUUCUCAGAAUAUAUGCUAAGACGCCGCAGUCCUUUUUUGCGUUCAGAGAAUACUGAAAAUCAUAUUAUAAUCCCUAAAAGUUCUCCAAGGCCCUUAUAUAAAAGAUUAAAAUAUACAGAAAAUGAUGGGAAGCUAACAAAGAGUCCUGACAAUUGCCAGAAUAGUGGAGAUUAUUUGAAAUGCAAGGAUAACCAGCUAAAACCAAAUCAAGAUAUAAAAACUUGUCUACAAAACUCUAAUAUUGCGAAUAAACCAAAACCUUUGAAAAUUAAAACUCCACUCACUUCUCAUGACAAUGAAAUGAAUAUAAAAGCAAAUGGAAUUGAAACAUCUACAACUGAAUACAAUUCUGAAAAAGAAACUGAAAAUUGGUUAAAAAUAAAGCAGGAUAUUAUAAAACUCAAGGGUAGAAAUGAAAACCAGGCUAAUAGAAAUAAAAGAAAUUCAAACGAAAUGGAAACAAACCAUAUUGAAAUGAGCAAACUACAAAAGGUUUCAUCCAUACAUUUAAGCAAAUUAAGGGACAUUGAAACUGAAAUUGACACUUCCUAUUGUGCAGAAUUAACACAAAUUAGUGGUUACUAUUCUGAUGAAACAUCUAGCGAAAACUCCCUUAAAUAUACCGAUAAGCUCAUAAAACCCUUAACAAAUUCCACAUUUAUCUACCAGGCAGAAACAACUGAAAAUGAAACAAAUGAAUAUCAAACAGCUUCAGAAAGUUUAGCUGAAAUAACUAAUAAUAGCAAACCAAAUAAAACAUAUCAGCUUGAAAAUAAAAAUGAUACAAAUGAAAUACACACUGAAAUAGACAGUUCAAAUACAAAUAACUGUGAAAAGGAUUUAAAGAUCUCUGUCCCAUCCCCCAAAAAAUAUCCUCUUUAUCAACCGCAAAAUUUUCAAAUUCCUUUAAUCAUCAUAAAUGAAAUUGAAAUAAUAAACUAUGGAUUGGAAACAGUUGUUGAAAAUGAAAUAAAGUCUGUGAGAACUUUAAAAGUCCCCGCGAUUCCUAUACGAACAGAGUUUGAGGAAAAUAAAGAGCUACAAAAGAAACUAAACGAAAGGGAACAUUUUAAACAAAUCGAAAUUAAGGACAAGGUAAUGGCUCAAUUGCUGGAAAUAGCCAUCUCUAUGGACUUUCCAAAACUGAAACAUUUGUGUAAUAUGUCAUGCGAGAAAAAUGAAGAUGGCUUAUGUUUAAAAAUUAAAUUGGAAGCUGAGAUGAAUAACAAACAUGAAGAAUAUAGUGGUUUCUUUCAUACUUUAUGGAGUGCCCUCAAAUAUCCUUUUGUAGCUAAUCCCCAUAAAAAAGAUGAAAAGGAAUGCCAGAAAAUCACAGAUAAUAGAAGUAAGGAGGAAAAAAUGGAUGAAGCAAAUACUGUAGAUGUUAAAGGAUUAAAACAGGAGAAUGAGAAAGGAACGUCUAUGGAAGCAGAAAAAGAUAAACUUGACGAAUGUUCAGAUUUUAACGAAACCAAAAAGGAAUUAAAUGAAAAGGACGAGAACAAACUAAAAAAGGUGGACAAUGAGAAAAACUUAAUCAAUGUGGAGGAAACGGCUAAACAAUCUGAUAAUAUAAAUAAAGAAGAAAUAAAAGAGCUAGAUAAGGAAGCAGAGAAAGAAGACAACUCUGAGAAUAUGAAAGAUAAAGCUAUGAAGCCAAAGGAGUCUACUGAGACAGCAAGAAAAGACGAACUGUUAGAUAAGGAUAAGACAAAAGAUCUGCCAGAAGACGUCAAGGAAACGGAAGAUCUAAAAGAGCUUCCAACGAAUUGUGAUAAGAUUAUAAAUUCUCAGGAAGAGGACAACAAAAUAACACAGGCAGACACAAAUGAUAAGAUUACACAAGAAAAUAAAACUACUAAUAACUCAGAAGAAGAUAUAAAUACUAAAACAAAAAAUGACAAAUCCAGUUUGGAACAUUCUACAAAUGAAGAUUCCUGUAAGAAACCAGCAAAAGAACAAGAUGUCAAAAAGAAAUCCAAGUCAAAGAAAGGAUUUUUUUCCAUUUUCCACAAAGCUGGUAAAACAAAAAAUAAAACUGAAAAACCUAACAAAGAAAACACCUUAGAGGAUCCCAACAAAAUCGAAGAUAUGGAAGACAAAUUACAGGAAUUAGAAAGAGCGGAAAAUAAAUUGGAAAUGUUAAAUAUUUCCGGAGAGUCUUUAAAGAAGUUGGAUUGUUUUAUGGCCGAAAAUAAGAAAUUGCAGUCUUCAGACUGCAAGGCGAGAAACAAAAGAUCAGAUAGCUUUUAA